AUGUAUGCCUGCCAGUACUGCGAUGCUGUGUUUGCCCAGUCCAUCGAGCUGUCCCGCCACGUCCGGACUCACACAGGGGACAAGCCGUACGUCUGCCGGGAGUGUGGGAAAGGUUUCCGCCAGGCCAACGGACUCUCCAUCCACCUCCGGACCUUCCACAACAUCGAAGAUCCCUACGACUGCAAGAAGUGCCGGAUGAGCUUUGCCACCCUGCAGGAGCAUCGCAAGCACAUCCAUGAAGCCCACUCUCGAGAGUACCACCCCUGCCCUACCUGCUCUAAAGUCUUCAGUGCCCCGUCGCUCCUGGAGCGCCACAUGGUGACCCACGUUGGAGGAAAGCCCUUUAGCUGUGAGAUCUGUGACAAAGCUUACCAGCAGUUGUCAGGGUUAUGGUAUCACAACCGGACCCACCACCCUGAUAUCUUUGCAGCUCAGAAUCACCGCUCCUCCAAGUUCUCCUCCCUGCAGUGCAGCUCCUGUGACAAAACCUUCUCCAGCACUGCUGCUCACCGAAAGCACGUCAAGGCAGAGCACGCAGAUGUGAAGUUCCAUGAGUGUGAGACGUGCAAGGAGCUCUUCCCCACCCUGGCUCUCCUGCAGGUCCACGUGAAGUGCAGGCACUCAGGCUCCCAGCCAUUUCGCUGCUUGUACUGCUCAGCGUCCUUCCGCUUCCCAGGGGCCCUGCAGAACCACGUCACCACCCAGCACUUCAAGCAGAUGGAGAGCACCUUCACCUGCGAGCUCUGUGGGGAGCUCUUCCCUUCCCAGGGUGAGCUGAAGGGUCACUACAGCGCUGAACAUCCCAAGGCGGUCUUCUCCCAAGCCACCAUGGCCCAGAUUGUGCAGGUGAUUCAGACGUCGGAGCAAGGAGCAGCAGAGCAUAUCAUCUCUUUUGAUGAGGCCCAACUCACUGGCUCCCAAGUCUUUGUGACAUUGCCCGAAUCCCAAAUGAGCCAAACUGGCUCCGAGCUGGUGGCAGUGACCAUGGAGGACUUUUUUGAUGACAAAGUCACUCUGAUUUGUGAAGAAACAAA